GGCUUAAAGGGGUUGAGCGGGAUUUAAUGGUGCUGAGCAGGGCUGGGCGGGUCUUAACAGGUUCUAACGGGGCUGAGCGAGUCUUAACAGGUCCUAACGGGGCUGAGCGGGUCUUAACGGGGCGUAACGGGGCUGAGCAGGGCUUGGCGGAUCUCAGCGGGGCUGAGCUGGGCGUAACAGGGCUGAGCGGAGUUUAGAGCAGCUGAGCGGGGUGUAACAGGGCUGAGCAGAGUUUAACGGGGCUGAGCAGGGGUUAACGGGGCUGAUGAAUUUUAGCAGGCCUGAGCCGGGCGUAACGGGGCUGAGCAGGGCUUGGCGGAUCUCAGCGGGGCUGAGCUGGGCGUAACGGGGCUGAGCUGGGCGUAACAGGGCUGAGCGGAGUUUAGAGCAGCUGAGCGGGGUGUAACAGGGCUGAGCAGAGUUUAACGGGGCUGAGCAGGGGUUAACGGGGCUGAUGAAUUUUAGCAGGCCUGAGCCGGGCGUAACGGGGCUGAGCAGAGCUUAACGGGGCUGAGCAGGCCCCGGUCCCCGUCGCCAGCCAGGCCCAUCCGACCCUGCGUUUCGUGUCCCCCCGCAGCCCAGCAGCCCCCCCACCCCGCCCCCCGCCCCCCCCUGCCGCGAUGGAGUUCCCCGAGCACAGCCGGCAGCUGCUGCGGGGGCUGCGGGAGCAACGGGCCCAAGGCUUCCUCUGCGACUGCACGGUGCUGGUGGGCAGCGCCCCGUUCCCGGCCCACCGCGCCGUCCUGGCCGCCUGCAGCGCUUUCUUCCACAUGUGUUACGCCGAGCGGUUGGACAAGGGCGAUUUGGUUUGCCUGAACAGCGAGAUCGUCACGCCGCCCGCCUUCGGGCUGCUGCUGGAGUUCAUGUACGAGGGGAGGCUGGCGCUGGCCGCCACGCCGCUGGAAGACGUGCUGGCGGCCGCCAGUUACCUCCACAUGAACGACGUCGUCAAGCUCUGCAAGAAGAAGCUGCAGGCGCGGGUGCCGGCUGAGGCUGACAGCACCAAGCGGGAGGAGGAGGAGGAAGACGCCGCCGGCGGCAGCCCCUCGCUACCCCCCAUCGCCCCCCAGCAGCACCCGCCAAGCCCCGGGGCUCCCCUCUUGGCUCUCCCCGGCCCGGCUCCCCAAGUUGGGGGCGGCGAGGAGCAGGGCGUGCUCCCCACCGAGCCGCCGGCGCCGUGCGUGGACGUUGCCGACACCACCCAGCCCGGAAUGGAGGGCGACUGGUCCCGCGCCGGCCCCCCGGAGCUCCCCCUCCCCAGCCCCAGCAGCUCGACGGAGGCAGCCCCCCGCGCCGCCUUCCCCGGAGGGGAGCUCCCCGCGCCGGGGGGGCUCUGCGCUGGGCCCUGGCCGCCCGCCGCCCCCGGGGGGCUUCUCCCCGCCGCCGUCAAGGUGGAGGCCAUCGUCAUCUCCGACGACGAGCCCGAAGCGAGCGCCCGCCGGCCCGCCGGCCUCUUCCCGGGGCCUUCCCGCCCCCCGCGACCCACAGCCUUCGGGGAGGCGUCGGGGGAACCGCUGGCCUUCGGGUUGCCGGCGUUGCGGGAGCCGCUGUUCCUGCCGCCGCUGGAGGGGCGCGGAGGGUUCGGGCUCUUCGCCGAAGAGGCGCCGACCUGCCCGACGUGCGGCAAAACCUUCUCGUGUUCGUACACCCUGCGCCGUCACGCCACCGUCCACACGCGGGAGCGUCCCUACGAGUGCCGCCAUUGUUUGCGGAGCUACACCCAGUCCGGGGACCUCUACCGGCACAUCCGCAAGGCCCACAGCCACGGGCCGCCCACCCGCGGCGGCGCCCACGCCGACCACGAUCGCGAUAACCCGCCCUAGAACCGGGAAGGGGGUGGGGGAGAGCGGCGGGACCGGCGGGCGGCAGGACCCGGGAGCGCCGGGGAGGGAGGGGGGGCGGAGCCUGGGGCUGAGGGCGGGGCCCUGCGGCGGGGAGGGGCGGAGCGGGUGUACGGCGGUCACGUGGGGG